UCUCACUUCAUGUCUUUGUGCUAUUUCUAAUGAGUUUCAUUGAUUAAGUUGAUUAAUUUCGAUACGUAUUGAUCCAGAUCAUCUGUUCUAAUUAUUUUCAUCGGACUGGUGCUUUUAUUUUUUUGAGUCACAGGUGCAACGAGAACCAGAAAUUCAUCUGCAGCUGCAAGAAGAGGUAUCGAGAUCAGACAUGAAAAUACAGAAAUUAUGUUCACGGAUGAAGAUAUUAAACCAGUCGAGAACUUAUAUGGACUUGAGCGAGGUCCAAAUUAUAUUGAAGUCGUUUGUGGCUGUACAAGCAAGAAGUACGGCGAUUCUGUUGGAAAGCUGAGAAUUUCCUCCACAGGACAGUUUUCGAUUACUUGCCAAUGUCUGUCACCAUCUUGCAACGAAGUCGGGGUCUUACAAGAGAGGGGGAAGUUGACACCGGAGGAAUUCGAGAAGCAUUCUAAAGAAGGGGGACCCAGAAAAUGGAAGAGCAACAUCUGGGUUACAAUGGACGAAGAUGGUCAGAAAGUACCACUGUGGAAAACUGGGCUGAUGAAAUUCUACAGACAUGCCUCAAACGAAGGCCAGUUAGGUUCUACCAUUCGGCGACGAUGGAACAUUCACAGGGAUGAACUGCUGCGCUGCUUCAAGUGCAAGAAAGAACGCAGGUUUCGCCUGCGGACUAAAGAAGAGUGCAGAGCCUUCCAUAACGCCUCAAGGAAUAGGAGGUGGAAAUGUGCUGAUCAUCCCUAUGACAAAAUAAAGUGUGGUGAUGAGGAAGAGCGUGAAACUCGGAAGAGCUGCAGGAGUUGCCCUCGAGCUUCGGCAUGCCAGGGCUGCACUUCGUGCGUGUGUUUAGGGUGUCUCAAUUGCCGCUACUCGGACUGCAACUGCCGCACCUGUGUUGAUUUCAUGCACAACGCCAAACCCUAAUUAAACUCAUCCCUCCUUGCAUUAGCUUUAAUUACCUCCUUUUGCUUCGAUUUCAGAACAAGGUUAUGGCUUAUUUCUUCCUCCUCCUACUAUCCAUGUUCAU